GCUUCUUUAGGUUUAUUUUAUCCGCUAACAAGUUAUUACAACAAUGGAAGUUAUUAACGUUACACGCUACAUAGUACUACCUUUUCUUCUUGUUGCACUAUCAGUAAAAGCUCAAGAUAUUCGUGAACCGGUGCUUGACGUUAACGGUAACGCUGUCCAAAAAGGAGUGAACUAUUACAUCCUUCCAGCGAGUCGGGGCAACGGUGGUGGACUUCAGGUUGCAUCCAUUAGGAACCAAACCAACCCCCUAGUCGUAAGCCAAAAUACCGACGAAUCUGUAAUUGGCGUCAACCUUCAAUUUUCACCUGUGGACCCGAAAGAAAACACCGUCAGAAUAUCGACUGAUCUGAACGUAAAAUUUACGUCUAUGACAAUAUCUGGUUCGUCCACAGUAUGGACUAUUAACACUGAAUUAAUUCCACAACGUUAUUUGGUGACGGUUGGUGGAGUUGAAGGAAAUCCAGGGCGUGAAACUAUUGGCAAUUGGUUUAAGAUUGACAAGUACGAGGAUGCAUACAAACUUGUUUAUUGUCCUGGAGUUUGCAAUAUCUGCAGACCAUUUUGUGGGGAGAUAGGAAUACUUGUUGAAAAUGGAAAAAGGGUUUUGUUUGUUGGUAGAGAUCAACCUCUCAAAGUUACAUUUCAUAAGCUCUAGAAUUACUAAUUUGCCGUGCUAUGGUAUGUGCAUGUGUGUGAUUUCACUGUUUAUAGUCUCUGUUUCAGUGAAGGUCGAAUAAGGAAGAGUAUAGUCUUCGAGUCGUGUUUAAUGUUGAUAAUGUAUUAGGGAUUGUUAUGAUUUUUAUUUGUAAAACUAUUAGUAUUACAUAAUAAAUGCACUAUAUAAAACCAUAGAAAUUAGAUACGAAA